AUGACCUUGACAGAAAAACCAAAGGAGAGUUCUGCAGUUACGCUAUGGAGAAUGUACUCCAAGGCCAAGGCAGGUCUUCCGUACAAAUCAAGAAUGGAAAAUCUUACUUGGAGACUCAUGUACAUUAACAUGAGAAGAAACAUUGACACAAAUAAAAGGCAAAAUCUAGAAACAGCAUCGCUAAACACAUCCAACGAGUCUAGUAACCCGAAUUCUAGUAGCAGAUGGCCUCAGUUUCCGGAUUUGAAUUUUGGUGAAAACCAUGACAACUUUAGUGUCAAUGACAGGGACAACGACACAAAGAAACAUAUGGAGUUCACAUACCUUGAUCAUAUAAAAGCACUAUCUAAUGAAGACUCUGAUCAUAACCAGCAACGAUCAAAUAAAGGAUUUCCGAGGAAAGAUAUUCCGAAUGCUCAAAGAGGCCACUUUUCCAAGUUAUCACAAUCUUUCCAGCAUCAACAUACAAACAAACCGGGUCGACCUACAAGACCUUCUCUUACGCCGACGUUAAGCCAAGCAAAUUCGUUUUCUAACAUGAAUUUGAUGGGUGUAUCACCUAAAUCCUCAAACCAUAGUUAUGGUAUCCAAAUGCAGCAUGCCCAGCAAUCAAAGCAAUUGCAUUUGCAGCAACAAGCACAACCACCACCUCCACCACCAUCAUCAUCAGAAGCAGUACCAUCGUACUCAUUCAAUUCUCUUAAUACGUCCAAUUUUGAGUUUGGAAGUAAUUAUGGGGACUAUGAUACCCCUACAGAACAAGAUUUGCUUCUAUCUACUUCUGUUCAAACGAAUUCACCUUCGUCAUUUUCAGCAAAGGAAUUAAACGUUGGCAGUGUACCUACAUAUAGUCACUUUAGCAGCUCAUUUUCUAUCCCCAAUUCACUUAAUGGCCACAGCUAUUCCUUUUCUCAGACUCAAUUUCCCACAUUCAAUAGGGAGGAACCCGUAAUUUCCUCAUCCAGCAUGUCAAAUAUAAACAGCGAGUUGUUCAAGAGAGAGCUGAAUCAAAAUGUAGACUUUUUUGAUUCCCCUAUGGACUCACCAAUCAAAUCAAAUAUGAAAUUGACAAACGUUAACCUAGAUCUUGACGACCGGUCCUUAUCAAUGCAUCAUGAAUCUCAUAGUCAUAUAGAUUUUGAUCUCCACGGAGAUAUCAAUUUGAUUGAUUCAAUACCUUCACUAGACUCAUAUGGAAAAGAAACAGGCUCCACUUCACCGCCAAAAACUGCCAGAAAAUCAUCUUCAGCCUCCAUGUCCUUUUCUUCUUCAAAGCAACAGUCGGCUAAGAUAACUAAAAGAACAUCUACUUCUAAUGCUGCCAUGAAAAGAAAAUCAACCUCUUCACGUCGAAAAAAGACAGAGAGCAACACCCCAACAUCUCAGAAUAAUACCCCAUCUAAUUCAACAUCAACCUCUAGUACAACCAAAACAGCUGCCACGACAAAUCCGUCAAAUGGCGACAGCGACAUAUCUUGUACUAAUUGCCAUACAAAAACUACGCCACUUUGGAGGAGAAACCCAGAAGGACAACCGCUCUGUAAUGCAUGUGGCUUGUUUCUCAAACUACAUGGUGUUGUUCGUCCGUUAAGUUUAAAGACUGAUGUUAUCAAGAAGCGGCAGAGAGGUACGACUUCCGCAACCAAAAAGAGAAGAGGAAAAUCCGAACAAGAGAAUCCGAACGACAACUCAUCAAAUAAUAACGAUUCAAAACUUGAUUUUGAUAAUCAAGAAUCUAAAAUAGAUACAAUCAGAGACUCAGAAAAAACCAGCGGAAAUACACACAAUGUUUCAUCAUUGUCCAAAGAUAAGAUGAUAGCCAACGACUUGAAUAUGGAUUCCUUGAUGGAUCUAGACCAACCAUUAGACCAUUCGUACUUCAUUGACAAUUUUGAUGCCAACGUGAUGAUGAAAGAAGAUAUGGUAGUUCACAAUACACCGCAAUUAUCACCAUACGAUCACAAGUCUCUAGAAAAUACCACACCCGCCAUCUCUGGACCGCAUACCAACAACAGUUCAGACAUGAAACCACAGAACUGGGACUGGCUGAACAUGGAAAUCUAG